AUGGUCCACACAAGCGAGACGGUGCGCCUCAAGUUCUUCAUCGACCUGCUGAUGAGCAAGUGUCACCCGGUGAUGCUGGUGGGGUCCUCCGGGUGCGGCAAGUCAGCGCUCUUGAACGAGAAACUGAACUCUCUUCCGGAGGAGUUUUCCGUCUGCAACGUCCCCUUCAACUAUUACACCACUUCAGAGUUGCUACAGCGGGUGCUGGAGAAGCCGUUGGAGAAGAAGGCAGGCAGGAACUACGCUCCUCCUGGCAACAAGAAGCUGGUGUACUUCAUCGAUGACAUCAACAUGCCGAUGGUGGACCAGUACGGCACGGUGCAGCCCCACACACUCCUCAGACAACACCUCGACUACGGCCACUGGUAUGACCGAGCCAAGCACAGCCUCAAGGACGUGCACAACGUCCAGUACGUCGGGGCCAUGAACCCCACCGCCGGCUCCUUCACCAUCAACCCGCGUCUGCAGCGACACUUUAGCGUGUUCGCCGUCAGCUUCCCGUCAAUGGAGAGUCUGAACCUGAUCUACUCAUCUCUGCUGGACCAGCAUCUCAAGAAUCCCUCCAUGAAGUUCAACCAGACUCUGAGUCGGAUGACGGACCCACUAGUGCAGGCCGCUCUUCAGCUUCACCAGAAGGUUAGCCUCACCUUCCUGCCCACCGCCACCAAGUUCCACUACAUCUUCAACCUCCGGGAUCUCACCAACAUAUUCCAGGGACUGUUGUUCUGCACUGGGGAGACGGUGAAGGCACCGCUGGAGCUGCUCCGGUGCUGGCUCCACGAGACCCAGCGAGUGUACGGCGACCGCCUCCUGGAGGAGAAAGACAUGGAGAUGCUCAACAAGCUCCAGGUUGAUGUCACCAAGAAGAUAUUUGAGAGCGACGAUGAAGAGAAAGAGAUGGUGAUAGAGGUAUCUAUUUUUGUGUACUACUGGUAA